UCCGAUUUCCGAACGGCCACCAGUUUCAAAUGUUUGCUGUCAUUCUGUCCGGCAAAUUAUUUUUAUAGAUAAAAAAUCACGAAAACUGAGAAUAUUUAUUGCAGUUAUCCGUUUAUAAAGUGGAUUUAUUGAAUUUAUAACCAUGGCUAGACGUUAUGAUACCAGGACUACAAUCUUUUCGCCGGAAGGUCGGCUAUACCAAGUGGAAUAUGCGAUGGAAGCCAUCAGUCACGCUGGUACUUCGCUCGGCAUCUUAGCUACCGACGGUAUCCUGCUCGCCGCUGAGCGUAGAAACACAAACAAACUCCUGGAUGAGGUAUUUUCCUCCGAGAAGAUCUACAAAUUGAAUGAUGACAUGGUGUGUUCAGUCGCCGGGAUCACUUCUGACGCUAAUGUGCUGACUAAUGAGCUUAGACUGAUUGCUCAGAGAUACCUCCUCCAGUAUGGUGAAUCGAUCCCGUGUGAACAGCUUGUGUCGUGGCUGUGUGAUGUAAAACAGGCUUACACACAGUAUGGAGGCAAGAGGCCCUUUGGUGUGUCGAUCCUGUACAUGGGCUGGGACAAGCACUACGGCUACCAGCUGUACCAGUCCGACCCCAGCGGCAACUAUGGAGGCUGGAAGGCCACUUGCAUCGGCAACAAUAGCGCUGCUGCAGUAUCAAGUUUGAAACAGGAGUACAAGGAGAAUGAGACCACUCUGGCUGAGGCUCAGGCGUUGGCCAUCAAGGUGCUCAGCAAGACCCUCGACAUGACCAAACUCACCCCUGAGAAAGUGGAGAUGGCAACCCUGACCCGGCAGGGCAACAAGACGGUGAUCCGUGUGCUCACGAGCGGAGAAGUCGAGAAGUUGAUAGCGGACUUCGAGAAGACAGAGGCAGAGGCCGAGGCUGCCAAGAAGCAGCCCCCGAAGUCGUAAUUUAUAUGUGCUUAAUUUUAAUUAUCAUCGAUUAUAUCCAGUAAAAGGUUUUUUGUAAA